GCUUGGUCUUACAUAUUCCAUUUCUCAGUGUCCAAGUUCUACACACGAUGGUAUCACGCUGGAUCCCUCUUGAAAGCAAUCCCGAGGUGAUGAAUGCGUGGUCCGGCAAGGCUGGACUCGUACUCGAGCAGGACCGUUUCACCGAUGUCUACGGCUUCGACCCCAAUUUGCUCGGUAUGGUACCGCAACCUGUCAAGGCAGUCGUUCUUCUGUUUCCGAUAAGCAAGGAGUAUGAGGAGAAGCGCAAGGCUGAGGACGAGAAGAUCGCAAAGGAGGGGCAGCACCCUAUAGAUCCUACGAUCGUGUGGAUCAAGCAGACGAUCCAAAACGCCUGCGGCACAAUGGGUCUCCUGCAUGCGCUCCUGAACUCAAACGUGACACUCGAGCCUGAGAGUGUGCUCGAAAAGUUCAUCGACGAAUGCAAAGACAAAACCCCAGAGGAGCGCGCCAAGCUGCUUGAGACGACGCCGCUCUUCGCCAGCAUCCACGCCGAGGCUGCAGCGUCGGGGCAGACGGCGGCGCCAGACAUCAGCGAAAGCGUCGAUCUACACUUUACGUGCUUCGUGCAGGCUCCAGACACCGCUGCGCGCGACCAGGGCGUGCCAGCGCCAGAGGGAGCGCGGAGACUCAUUGAACUUGACGGCCGGCGCGCGGGGCCCGUUGACCGCGGCGUGUGCGAUGAUCUGUUGGCGGACGCGGCGGCGUACAUCAAGGACAACUACAUGAAGGACACGACGAGCGUGAGCUUCAGUAUGCUCGCCUUGGCGCCGCCCGCGGAUAUCUAGGUUGCCGAGAUAUGUGGAAAUCGGGAGGAUGACCACAAGUUACCCAGAGGUUUGGCAUCGCAGUGUUGCGUUCAAGGGGAAGAUGUAGCUCUCUUCGUGGCGAAACAAAUGAAUAGCAGCUCGCUAGGACCUGG